UUUCACUGACAGCACAACCGGCUACAUCGAUUUCGUCAUUUAAAUCGAGCACAUGUAGACUCUGUAGUUGUUUCUAUUUAACGCUCUCAUCGAGUCGUCUUAGUUUUUUUUUUUCAAUUAAAAAAAUCAAAUAAACAUAAAUCAUGUCAGCCCUGAUGGAAAAACUUUGUAGAUCUUUAUUGAUGGAGCAUUUUGGUGCUGCCACUUGUGAGGUUGGGUGUAUAUUAUUCAAGUAUGGACCUAAAACCAUGACACAAUUUGCAAACUUUACAAAACUUCCUGCCAAUAAAAUUGUUGAAGCAUUAUACGCUUUAAUAAAGUUUGAUAUUGUUGCACAUGAAAAACUUCCUCGUGAAGUGCUAUAUUCAAUAGAUAUUGAGAAAAUAUUUUUACUCCUUCGUCACCAUAGGUAUACAACUUUUGUGAAAAAAAAUAUGUACGAUGAAGCAGAAAUGUUGUUUGAUGUAGUUUUAAAAAAUGGUUACGAUACUGCUUCACAAAUCAUUGUAAAAACUUACACAAGACUUGAACAAAAUCCUCCUGAAAGAAGGGCAUCUAUUCCACUGCUAUUAGAAAAAUUUGAAUUAUUGGUGAAAAAUCAGUUCAUAAUACGCCACUCUGUUAAUAAUGAUGCUAAUACAGAUGCAUAUAAUUUUAUCAUGCCAUCUCUCCAUGUAAAAGACCUUAUACAACUUUCUAAAAAUACUAAUGUUGAUACUGGUGACCAGAAUAUAUUUUGGAAAAUAAAUUUUGACAGAUUCACACAAGACUUGAGAAAUGAAAUACUAGUAAAUACUAUUACUAAAAGAUUUGAUGAUAAUGCUGGUGAGCUUAUGAAGCGACUGUUAAUCUUAAUGGAUACAAGGACUGCAGCAUGGGAAGAUACCUCCAUCCCUAUAGCAUUUAAUGAAAUAAAAGAGGAUAUGAAAAAAAAUUUCCCAUCUAUUAUGCCUCGGUUAGAUCAAUAUAUAAAAGUAUUAGAGGAAGAUUCGUGUAAGUUUAUUAUGCGAGUUGGAGAUUCUGGAGGUGGCCAAUACACUGUUAAUAUGAAAGAGGCUUUCCAUCAGUUAGCGUGGGCAACUAUUGAAAAUGUAGUUAUGGAACGAUUUGGCUCAAAAGCAGCUAGAAUUUUUAGGUUAGUUCGAAGCUGCAAUUAUAUUGAAAUGGAAAAAAUUCAACAAAAAGUUAUGUUUCCUCCUAAAGAAACCAAACACAUAACUUAUAAAUUAACAGAAGAAAAUUAUUUGCAUUAUCGAGAUUUUAAGAAAUCAGGAACAAAUGCUCCAAAAACAUUUUAUCUGUUUCACAUAGAUUUGGAUGAAGUUGUACGCAUGACAAUAGAACAUUGUUAUCAUGCAAUUUAUAGUGCUAUUUAUCGCAGAAAUGAUGACCUAUCUAAAAACAAGAGGUUGAUAGACAAAGAAUGGAAAAUUACAACUUUAGUUAAGAAUUUCAGAGAACUUGGAGCUACUCCAGAGCAAAUAGCAAAUGUUGAAGAUCAAAUUACUCCAUCUGAAAAAGCUCAUUUGAACCAAUUAUCAAUGAGAGUAGAAAAAUUGAGUACCAGUGAGUGCCAAGUGGAUGAUACAUUAUUUGUCUUACAAAUGUACAUCCGAUAUCACAAAUCAAAACUAGUUAAAUGAUAUGUUAUUCAAAAUUUAGAAUUUUUUGAAAUUUCCAU